CCUGGACCUCUGGAGUCGAUUUGCUUGACUUGAGAAAGUGGAAGCGGCCGAAUCUAGCUGUGAGAAAUUACUGGAGUUUGGCUGCCAUGUGGCGUUGUUGGAUGAACUUCAUCGUGGCCUGGGUAUCCAUGGCAACCCCCACACUCUGCCAAAGUGGAGACGGUGAUUGGGGUUCAGGAUCUGACACCUACUCCACGGUAAUGGCCACCAAUGACACGUUGCAGGCGGUCGGCGAUGAGCCCGCGAGGGUGAAAAACAGCCAUAGCUGGGCCCCGUCGCCUUCGCCUCCGCCCGUCCUCCACUACGAGCCCCGACCGGACCAGUGCUCCGUCCACUUCAGCACCAGCGCCGCCUCAGCUCGACGGCUGAAGGCCCAGAGGGAGGAGCUGGACUACCUGCGGGCCAUACAGCACGCAAACAAGGCGGUGAUGGAGAACUUGGUGCAGUACGUCGGGGCGGAGUUGGGAGAUCAGAACUACGAAGACAUCAUCAAGGAAAACGUCAUCGGCAUCCAAGAGGACCACAAGAGCUGCCAUGAGGUGGUGGAGAAGGCCGAGGAAGACCUGGAGAAGCAGCUGGAGGGAGACGGGUCGGACUCCCUCGCCGGGAUGCAGAAAAUCAGAGAGGAGUCCUUGGCCUUUGAAGACAUGCUUCGUGCUGCAGCGGACAUCGCCAGCAGGUUGGAGAGCUCAUCACAGGCCCUGCAUGCUUCAUUCACCAAGCAGCUGAGAGACAUUGCCAAAAUCCAUCGCUAAGAAAGUGCUGAGAACUGUUUAAAAACUGCUCACAUGCCAUCCUUGAACUUGUGUUCGACAUCCUGCGUGAGGCCCAGGAAAAGAGGGGAGAAGAGAAAAAAACCUUCCUGCGGCUUUCUGUUCGUGUUUCUAUGUGUAUGUAUGAUGCAGCAUUGAGAGGCAGCCAUGUGUCAAGGUCAUCCUUUAAAACUACUUUAGUGAUCAGCGCAGACGCACAGCAACGAGAAAAAAAAGAAAAAGAAAAAAACAUUGCUGGGUAGAAAAUCAUAACCUCGUAACCCAUUAAAUAAUUUCCAUCCAGGACUUAUUCAUGGAACUUUGUGAGGUCAAACAUGGCAACAGUAUGCGGUGCAGGUUUCAGCCAAGCCGAAUGUUUAUGGAUCAAACUGGAUGGGCCUUCGGAGAGCCCUCAUAAUGGCUCUGUUAGUCUUCUCCAGAGGAAGCUAUGGUUUGGCCAUCUGGUUCCAGGGUAAGGAUGGAGGCCAGGACACGCUCACAAUGACUGGUGUGGCAGUGGAGAGUUUGUUUCUGCAGCUACGAGAAAAAAAAAAAGGAGCAGACUGCCAGUGGAGCAGCUCUGUUACAAAGGGAUGUCUGCUGUUUGGAUAAAACUAUCUGUGGGGACAAGAUAAUAUAUAUAUCAAAUCUCAUAUUUCCUGCAAUUAGGAAGACAUAAGAAAAAACUGUGAAGCUGCACAAGAAAAGCUGAAUUAAAAUAUUUAACAUCAGUUGAAUGCCUUUAACCCUGCCAGGCUCGUCUAUGAUAUUUGCAAUUAUAAUUUGUAUUGUUAUACAUUUGGGUAUAAUGUAUGAUGUCAUGUAUGUUUGAUCCAGUUUAGAGCAGCUGACAAUAAAGCAACUGUCUUCUGAAUGCUUUCUAAGCUUAUGUUUUGCAUGUAUUCUGCAUGUCAUGCUCAUCAAUAUAUAUUUGGGGGAACCAAAACCUUGACUGAACACAUUCAUUCACCCACUCUGCCCUCUAGCUGCUUUCCACAGGAAUAUCCCAGCGAAGUUUGUUCAGCUGCAUAUGUCAUCUGUCACUCAUUCUGUAAUGAUCUGAUGAAUAAAUAUCGUUAGUUGUCUGA